AUGGAUGGGCAUACAACAUCUAUCAUCAUUUCGGAUACUUCGAGUGCAAGUUCGGAAUGUCGAGACGUCAUGCCACUUGCGAAUCAAAUGAGGGGCCGCAGACCCAGUUUCCAACACAUGUACCAUCCGAAGAGACGCCCUUCCACUGUCUUCUUACACGAUCUCUACAAGCAACAGAACCAACAUGAGCGAGAGAUUGAAGACAAGCAGUUCAGUCAAAGAUCCCAAUCACGGGAAGAGAACGCUUCUUCACUCGGCGAACACCAGGAUGAAAAAGAGAAAGACGACGUUAACAAAAAAGGCAUCUUUUCCAGUUUCCCACUCUUUGCAACAUUUCCAAAAGCCACCUAGGAUAGCCUGUUGCUGAGCAAU